AUGCGGCAGCAUAAACUGCAAGGACAAAGAAAUUUGCAUCCACAUUUAGAUACAUUCAAAAUGCUGUGUGGUGGGAAAAAAUCUUACUUUGCUGCUGCUGUGUGCAUUAUUACUCUAACUUCAAUGGUCACACUUUCUUAUCUUAGGUUACAGAGACUUUCUCACCUGCCAAAAAUAAUUCAAGAAGGUAGCAGAUGUAGAGGGAAAACUACCAAUAGCAUAAUAACAGCAUUAAAAGAUAACAGAACUUUUAUUAUAUCCCCAUACUUCGACGACAGAGAAAGCAAAGUCACUCGUGUGAUUGGGAUUGUUCAUCAUGAAGAUGUAAAACAACUAUACUGCUGGUUCUGCUGUCCACCUGAUGGAAAGAUAUAUGUAUCAAAAGCAAAAAUUGAUGUUCACUCAGAUAGAUUUGGAUUUCCUUACGGUGCAGCAGAUAUAGUUUGUUUGGAACCCGAAAACUGUGAUCCAACACAUGUAUCAAUUCAUCAGUCUCCACAUGGAAAUAUUGACCAGCUGCCAAGGUUUGAAAUUAAAAACCGCAAGGCUGAGACCUUUUCUGUUGACUUCACUGUAUGCAUCUCUGCCAUGUUUGGAAAUUACAACAACGUCUUGCAGUUUAUACAGAGUAUGGAAAUGUACAAGAUUCUUGGGGUACAGAAAGUGGUGAUCUAUAAGAACAACUGCAGCCAUCUGAUGGAGAAAGUCUUGAAGUUUUAUGUGGAAGAAGGAACUGUAGAGAUAAUUCCCUGGCCAAUUAACUCACACCUCAAGGUUUCUUCUGAAUGGCACUUCAUGCAAGAUGGAACACACAUUGGCUACUAUGGACAAAUCACAGCUCUAAAUGACUGUAUAUACCGUAACAUGCAGAGAAGCAAGUUUGUGGUUCUUAAUGAUGUUGAUGAAAUAAUUCUUCCCCUUAAGCACCCAGACUGGAAAUCAAUGAUGAGCAGUCUUCUGGAGCAAAACCCAGGGACUGGCAUUUUCCUCUUUGAGAACCAUAUCUUCCCAGAAACCAUAUCUACACACAUGUUCAACAUUUCAUCCUGGAAUACUGUGCCAGGUGUUAACAUAUUACAGCAUGUUCACAGAGAGCCUGACAGGAAAGAUGUAAUCAAUCCCAAGAAACUGAUAAUUGAUCCACGAAAGGUGAUUCAGACUUCAGUCCACUCUGUCCUACGUGCUUAUGGGAACAGUGUGGAUGUUCCCAUGGAUGUUGCCCUCAUUUAUCACUGUCGGGUGCCCCUUCAAGGAAACCUUCCCAGAGAAUCCCUCAUCAGGGAUACCACACUGUGGAGAUAUAACUUAUCAUUAGUCAUGAAUGUUAACAAGGUGCUAUAUCAAACCAUACUGUAAGCUCAAAAGUGAAACCUCGGUCAUAAGGAGGGACAGUGGAGAGCUGCCCGUAUCAUGGAGAGGCAGAGGAUAUCAUUUAAAGAUCACAUUAAAAUCACUUCCACGGGAAGUUUACAUCUUACAGAUUUAGGAGAACAGCCCU